CAAACAUCGACUCACUGUUUGCAACGUUGUCAUCGAAAUCUUGCUUGCUUAUAUCUUGUUUCAUACAGCCUUCUAUCAUUUAAUAUGGCGAGUUCCUCUAGUAUCGAUAAACCUAGUGAUCAGAACCCGGAAUCCUGCAGCAAGCCCUUCCCGCCGUCUACCCGCCCAUCGCCUGAAGAACAAAAUCCGUUCAUUGCUUUUCGACGCUAUGCAGACGAACAGAUCUCAUCUAUGCUGCAGUCUGUAAUGGGAUUGCCAUCAAUGAUGUCCUCACCACAGUCCAAUAGAUGGCUACAUUUCGAGGAAGAAAGUCACCAGCGACUACGGAAGACCGGGGAAGAUGGCGAACAACAUCCUGAUGGACAAUCAAAUGGCCGAUGGAGCAACAGACAGUGGAGGAAUAAACACGAUGACGAAUUUUCGGAAAGCUGGAAUUUCCUUCCCUUCUCAUUCAAACUUGCCGACUCUUUCAUUGAUGAUCGAUCCCCGUUCGGCUUCGGCGGAUCCUUCUUCCCAGAAAACAUGUUGUUCGGCGGAGACUCGCAGACUUGGGCGGUACCGUAUAUAUUAUUUAGUCCAUAUUCGCCUCUACAAUUGGAGCGACCACAGGGCCGGGGCAGCAACCGGGGAAUAUUUUCGUCUCUAUUCACGUUCUCUGAGACCGAGUUGGACUCGACGGAACCGCUAUGGCGGGACGCCUUUGAGGAUUUGUUGAGGCUUGAAAACGGACAACCCAUGCUGGAUCCGAGCACUAAAUCCGACCGCAACAGAAAAACAGGAAAGGAAUGGCUGCAGGGAAUGAUUCAGAGAGGCAGUAUUAGCAAUAAUUGGAAAUUGUCACCCUAUGGAAUUUCCUUUAAGCGAUCUCAACAGUACAACAACGAAGAAGCUGUGCAAGGAAACUCUGAAAUUAAAUAUGAAAAUCGGGAUGAAAACGAAACUUCUGAGCCCCAGACAGAGUUGGAUCUCUACGACCGCUUUCUAGACGAUAUUUCUAGUGCCCAUGAAAGGUACUCGCGAGCCUUUGCGGAUAGUCCUCUGAUGCGUCUUUUAGAAGAAGAGCGCAAACGUCAUCUAGAACAAGCCAAAGUUUCUGGAGAAUCGAAUAUGGAGAAGACAAAAAGUAAAGAUUGGCUCGAAUAUACAGCCAAUGGAAAUAAGGAAAUACUAGAUUCUCAGUACAAAGACGACCAGUCUUCUUCCGAGCCAAGAGUUGUUCUGACCUCCACGCGAACUGUGCGGCGCACCCAGCCUGAUGGGUCUGUCUCAACAAGGACCAUCAAGACUAGACGUUUUACCGAUGGUCGUGAGGAGAGUGACGAGACUGAAGAGCUCAUUCCCCCGCCUGCUGAAAAGAGCACGAAGCAGAAUGGUUCCUCUAAUGCCGAAAAUAAUGAUGACGAUGGAAAACCUACUGGUGGUUGGUUUUGGACUCGUUGACCGCUGAUACUGACUAAUUUUAACGGAUAUGACUACGAAUUUCCUAUAUUUACGCUAACACCUGAACAAAACACCCCCUUUACAACCUCCAACUCUUCAUACUCUCUUGUCUGUUUCUAUUCCAAUAUUCUAAUCAUUUACAUCAAGAUGAACUGUAUCUCCCCACUCAUGUAUGCCUGCAUUAUGGCGAAAGCGAAUUGUUUCCUUUCCCCCACUUCUUUUUAUAUUACACCAGCGGAAUAAGGCUCCUAUGACAGCUGAAUAUCGAUUCAAAAUCUAAGAUUGUUCUACCUCAA